CACCCCUGCCCCAGGCCCGGGGAAGGAAUGGGAGGAAUAUGUGCAGAUCCGGUCUCUUGUUGAGAAAAUACGGAAAAAGCAAAAAGGUCUGUCUGUGACUUUUGAUGGGAAAAGAGAAGAUUACUUUCCUGAACUGAUGAGAUGGGCCUCUGCCAAUGGGGCCUCAGUGGAGGGUUUUGAAAUGGCUCCCUUCAGAGAAGAGGGCUUUGGUCUGAGAGCAACCAGAGACAUCAAGGCCGAAGAAUUAUUUUUGUGGGUUCCACGAAAAUUACUGAUGACGGUUGAAUCUGCCAAAAAUUCAGUGUUGGGGCCCUUAUACUCUCAAGACCGAAUUCUGCAAGCCAUGGGGAAUAUCACCCUGGCCUUUCAUCUGCUGUGUGAGAGGGCCAGCCCUAACUCUUUCUGGCAGCCCUACAUUCAGACCCUGCCCAGUGAGUACGACACUCCGCUGUACUUUGAAGAAGAUGAGGUCCGCUAUCUGCAGUCGACACAAGCCGUGCACGACAUCUUCAGCCAGUACAAAAACACAGCCCGGCAGUACGCCUAUUUCUAUAAGGUGAUCCAGACCCACCCUCAUGCCAGCAGACUGCCCUUGAAGGACUCGUUCACCUUUGAGGACUACAGGUGGGCCGUGUCCUCUGUUAUGACGAGACAGAACCAGAUUCCCACGGAGGACGGCUCCCGGGUGACCCUGGCUCUGAUUCCGCUGUGGGACAUGUGCAAUCACACGGACGGCCUGAUCACUACAGGCUACAACCUGGAGGAUGACCGCUGCGAGUGCGUGGCUCUGCAGGACUUCCGGGCCGGAGAGCAGAUUUACAUUUUUUAUGGCACUCGGUCAAAUGCAGAGUUUGUGACCCACAGUGGUUUUUUCUCUGACAAUAAUCCACACGACAGAGUGAAAAUAAAGCUCGGCGUGAGUAAAAGCGACAGGCUGUACGCAAUGAAGGCGGAGGUCCUGGCUCGCGCAGGCAUCCCCACUUCCAGCGUGUUUGCAUUGCAUUUCUCGGAGCCGCCCAUCUCUGCCCAGCUCCUGGCCUUCCUCCGAGUGUUCUGCAUGACGGAGGAAGAGUUGAGAGAACGCCUGCUGGGAGACAGUGCUAUUGACAGAGUCUUCACCUUGGGCAACUCUGAAUUCCCCGUUAGCUGGGACAAUGAGGUCAAGCUCUGGGCAUUUCUCGAAGAUAGAGCGUCGCUUCUUUUAAAAACGUAUAAAACAACUAUUGAGGAGGACAAGGCCUUCCUGAAGAGCCGUGACCUUUCUGUCCGGGCAGCCAUGGCCGUCAAGCUGCGCCUGGGCGAGAAGGAGAUCCUGCAGAGGGCGGUGAAGAGCGCCGCCGGGAACCGGGAGUACUACCGCAGGCAGGCGCAGGAGCAGGCCCCGCUGCCCCGGUCCGAGGAGGGCGCGCUCGGGCUGCUGGAGAGCGGCGGGGCCGACUCGAGGCUCCCGCUGGUCCUGAGAAGCCUGGAGGAGGAGGCGGGCACACCGGAGCCCUUGAAGAUCCAGGGGGCCGUGGGCAGAGCCAAGGCCGGGGACCGGCUGGUCAACGGGGAGAACUCCGCCCCCAACGGGCCCCGAUCCGAGAACGGAGACUUGGCUCCAGAAGGUGCCCCAGGCUCUCCUUCCGCCACCGCCCGGGGUGCGAGAGCGCAGCGUUGA